AUGCACUUCUUCAAGGACCUCAUUAUCCUCUUCAACGUCCUGUUGAUAGUCAGUGUCACGACUGCCGCCCUCACCAAGCUCAAUGUAGUGGACACAGCGGCAAGCCCCAAAGUCCGCGCCAAAUCCCUCUGUCGCAUCUGCGCUGCCGAGGUCGUCACCUGCACGAGAUGCCGGGAGAACCCCAAGAUGUGUGGAGCGUGCGAGUCAUGCAAGGAUCUGGGUAUAGGGUCCCGUGCGCUGGGUGAGGAGAUGGACUCGGUCACUGUCGAUAAGGAAGGUUGA